UUUCUCCUUCCUCACUUCUCAUAAUACCCUCAAACUCUUCAACUUUCAUCUCACAAAAUCUCUCAACUCACAUUCACUCAAAAUCAUUCAAGACAGUUCUAAAUCUUCUUCCAUCAACAUAAGAAUGAUCAAAGAGUUCAUUCAACAUCAAACUCUAGUCACAUUUGGCAUUAUUGAUGAUAGGCAAGAUAGAUUAAGGCACGACAAAGUUGCGCAGCAUGCAUCGGUUCGGAGAGAAAGAUCCCAAGCCUCUCAUGCAUCUAUUGGUUCUAACUCGUUCGUUACUUCUAGCCCGCUCAUUGCAGAGGCGUCAACUUCUAAAGCGUCAACUUCUAGGGAGUCGACAUAUAGGGCUCAUGCAUCUCUGGCUACGUCAUCGUGUAGGAGACAAGUGUUACCUACUAAUGCACAAGAGACACCUGAGGCUCCGCAGGAGGCAUCUGAGGCCUCGACACCCGAGGUCCUGCAGGGUUUUGGAGGAGGACCGUCUGACUUAUCAUUAUUGCCUUUAUACCCUGACCAUACUGCCAUACAUGUUUGGGACGGAGAGGUAAACCAUGAAAAUUAAAUGAAAAAUAUAUCUUCUUGACCUUAACUUGAAAAGACAGCUCUGAUGAUGGUUUAUUUUUGUUUCACGACCGAGGUGCAUUAAAAUUCAUAAACCAUGGCCAGAAGAUUACGAGUCUAGAGGUUCCUAAUGAGCUAUGGUUUAUGGAUGUAUUGCAGGCAUCCAGGAUGAAAGAUUUGAGCAGGAUUGGUUAUCCUACUCUUAAACAUGGUAUGUUGUCUGCAUUUGUAGAGAGAUGGCACUCGGAGAUGUCACAUUUCAUCUCCCACAUGGUGAGAUGUUUAUCACAUUGGACUGCUACGUCUUCUGAUCAAGAGAAGAUUCUUAUAUCACAGCAAUAUCAACAAAGAUAAGGCAUCGGUGAUGCUGGUAGACUAUUUGGGAGUUGACCUAAAGGAAACUAUGAUGGAGUUAGAAGCCACCCGAUGGGCUUAUGCAAGAUUUCGAUACUUGGAGAAGGUGUAUAGACAACAGUUGCUUAAUGCAAUGCAAGCUGUUGGGGAUGCUGAGCAGUUUACGCACCAUAGAGUAUGCGCUCUUAGAGCACACCUGAUGUAGUUGGUUGGCACAACCAUCUUGGUGGACGAGAGUGUCACAUAUGUUGAUGUGGUAUACCUGCGAUACUUUGGUGACUUAGAGCGAGUCCAAGAGUACAAUUGGGGAGCACUUGUUUUCUAUACAUGAACUCUAAGUAAGGCGAAGGUUAUAUGUGGAAGACGAGACAUGUUACAUGCAGCAUCACACUUUUGACGAUAACAUUUUUGUACCAUUUUGUGUCAUUUUCGUUAUAUUUAAAAUAUACCUCCAUUUUUACAUCACUAAGAACUGAAGUGUUGUACACAAUUGAAAGUGGAGAAAAACACGAGAAAGGGGGGUUUGAAUUGUGUUCUUCGAUAUUUAUUUCCCUUUUUGAUAAAU